CCCGGCUCUCCGCGCCCGCCGCCCGCGCCCGGCCCCGGCGCCCCGGCCCUCCCGCCCCGCGCUUCAUGGCUGCGCACGAAUGGGACUGGUUCCAGCGCGAGGAGCUCAUCGGACAGAUCAGCGACAUCCGAGUCCAGAACCUGCAAGUUGAGAGGGAGAAUGUACAGAAGCGGACUUUUACUCGAUGGAUAAAUCUCCAUCUGGAGAAGUGCAACCCACCUCUAGAAGUUAAAGAUUUAUUCGUUGAUAUACAAGAUGGCAAAAUCCUAAUGGCUUUGUUAGAAGUCCUGUCUGGGCAAAAUUUGCUGCAUGAAUACAAAUCCUCAUCCCAUCGUAUUUUUCGGUUGAACAACAUAGCGAAAGCCCUUAAGUUUUUGGAAGAUAGCAAUGUAAAACUGGUUAGCAUCGAUGCGGCAGAAAUAGCAGAUGGCAACCCCUCUUUGGUUCUUGGGCUGAUUUGGAACAUAAUCCUCUUCUUCCAGAUUAAAGAACUCACGGGCAACCUCAGCAGAAACUCUCCAUCCUCCAGCCUGUCACCCGGCUCGGGGGGCACAGACUCAGACUCCUCCUUCCCACCCACACCCACUGCGGAGAGGAGCACAGCGAUAUCAGUGAAAGACCAGAGGAAGGCCAUCAGGACGCUGUUGGCAUGGGUGCAGAGGAAAACGAGGAAGUACGGUGUGGCGGUGCAGGACUUUGCAGGCAGCUGGAGAAGCGGGCUGGCUUUCCUGGCAGUGAUCAAGGCCAUCGACCCCAGCCUGGUCGACAUGAAGCAGGCGCUGGAAGACUCCAUGCGGGAAAAUCUAGAGAAGGCUUUCAGCAUCGCUCACGAUGCCCUUCACAUCCCCAGGCUCCUGGAGCCAGAAGACAUCAUGGUUGACACGCCAGACGAGCAGUCCAUCGUGACUUACGUGGCUCAGUUUCUAGAACAUUUCCCGGAGUUGGAAGCCGAGGAUUUUGUGGAUUCCGACAGAGAUGCUCCUAUUGAAUCCACCUUCGUUCGCAUCAAAGAAACCCCUUCCGAACAGGAGAACACCAUCUUCCUUCUGACUGAGGAUGGGGAGCGUGCUUACACUGUCAACCACGAAACCAGCCACCCGCCACCCUCUAAAGUCUUCGUCUGUGACAAGCCUGAGGGCGUGAAGGAACCCUGUGUUUCCAGCCAGGAGCCGGCAGACAGCUCGUCCGAGUUCACGCACCAGAUCAUCGACCAAGUUCUCCAAGGGAUCCCGGGGAAGAUCAACAGCACCAGUGAGCCCGCUCCAGAAUCUUCCAUCUUAUCAUCCAGAAAGGACAACCAGAGGUCCAACUCUCUGCCAGUCAAGAAAACUGUGCACUUUGAAGCUGACACCUACAGGGAUGCCUCCUGCAGUAGGGACCCUUCCUACCAUCCAGACCAUCGCUUCGAAGGGAGCCCAAAGGAGACCAAGGAGUCUUCCAAGCAGGAUGGACAGAUCUUGGCGGCUGAGGUUGCCGAGGAAACACUGAAACAGGAAGCCCCGGAGAUCCCGGAAGCAGCCUCCGACGAGGCCCCUGGCGAUGUGUCUUGGGUGGACGGUAAGAUCAGUCAUCCUCCGACUUCCCAGACCUCUCCCUCCUGGAAUGGGGUGUCGGAGAGAGCAGCCAGCCCAGGGGAAGAAGGCCUUCCCCCCUCACCCCUGGGAGAGAAUACCAUUAUGGCCGAUGCCAUGGAGAUCAAGGUUAAGCUGCUGACUGUAGAAGCGAUGGCUGAAGAAGACUAUUUCGAAGGCAUACCUUUAAAAGCCUCGAAAUUUAACAGCAACCUCGUAGAUUUUGCCUCCACCAGCCAGGGUUUCAGUGAGGCUCCUUCGCCUCGUGAGAAAAGACCUGCUGAGGAGGAGAUGUCGGAGAAUCACGCUGAGAAGUUGGGUGAAAGGAGAGGUAAAUCCGCCCCCAAGGAAGCAGAUCCGGAUGAGCCCCUGCUGAUGCCCGACCGGCACGAACCUCACAAGGACCCUGGACCAGAGGACCAAGGCUAUUCUCCGGCCGCCGAGGAGGCACCGGUGGGUAAAAAGCCAGAAGUGUGUGAAAAGGCCAAGCGCAAGUCCCCCCGGCGCCGUCGGGGCGAGGAGGAGGGGGAAGCCAAGGGCCCACGGAGGCUUGGGGGAGAAUUGCCUUCCCACCCGCCGAGCAGCAGCGUCAGCUUGGAGACCCUCCGCAGCCCCAGCGAAGAAGGCCUGGGUUUCAAGCUGUCUCCACCGCUCUCCAAGAUUUCCGUCAUCCCCCACGACCUGUUCUACUACCCACACUAUGAGGUUCCCCUGGCCGCAGUUUUGGAGGCUUACGCAGAAGGUGCGGAGGAUGUGAAAAACGAAGACACGGACCUCGAAGAGCCAGAGGGGUAUCUGCUGGACCUGGGGGCCAGGGAGGAGGAGGCCGAGGAGGCCGAGGCCUCCCAGAGCAGCUGCAGCUUCCCUGGGCUGGGUGAGGACCGCCCCCAGGCCAGCAUCACAGAGGAUGCCAGAUCAGCCUCGGAACCUACUCCCCUACCCCUGCAAGAGGACCACCAGCCAAGGGAGGCCGCAGAGGAUGUCCCUGUGCAGGACCAUCAGUCCCAGGAAUUCCCAAACUCGGAAAACUUAGCCAACCCAUUAGAAGAAAAGGUAAUGGAAGAAUCAAUCAGCAGUAAAAAAAAGGAAAAAAGGAAACAUGUGGACCUCGUAGAAAGUUCAAUAUUUGUAGCACCUGGAACUGUUCGCUCCUCAGAUGACCUGGAAGAAGAGACCGGCGACCACAAAGUCCUUUCCAGGACGAGUCGCAGUGACUCCAGCAUUUACAUUCGACGACAUGCGACUAGGUCUUUGGAAUCGGAUCAUUUUAGCUAUGUUCAAUUGAGGAACCCAGCAGAUCUGGAUGACAGAAGAAACCGAGUGUUAACCAGGUACAACACUCAGAAGCUCACUGAGCUGAUUUUACAGUUCUAUGGUAUCAGAGCAGACAUGAAGAGGGAAUUCAAACAUGCCAGGAUGUCUAUGAAAGCCAACAACUCAGGCGAAGCCAGGCUGCAGGAGAUUCACAGCCCACAGAGCGACUCGCUGACGCAGUUCGUCCAGCAGCCAGAUGUGAUGUACUUUAUCCUCUUCCUCUGGCUCCUGGUUUACUGCCUGCUGCUCUUCCCCCAGUUGGACGUCAACAGACUCUGAUGCGUGCGUCUGCGUAAUAAAAAGACAGGACCUGGCCGGGGGUGGGCGUUCUCCUUACUUCCUUUUAUUGCCUGUUCUGAAUGGGGCACUUCUGCAGAUGGUGGAGGACCUUCGAGGAAACUUAUACUCCCUCUCUCCACUUUUUUUUUUUUCCAGUAUUUCCUUUCUCUCCUAUAAGUCCUAAGCAUGCUUUUCUCUUUGGCUGUGGACUCAACACUCAGGUGUGUGGCCGGAUCCUUGGGUGGGGUUUGUUCGCGUGCCUUGCUCUGUCAGGUAUUAAGCUUCGUUACUGAUAUUCAUAACUGGGUCUUAGCUCGCCCCACGUGCUGGUUUUUAAGGUCCCAGAUGGACUUGAGUUUCUCGCCUCCUGAUGAGAAAGAGGAUGGAUGCCCCAGGGAGAGCCCGCACUGGGAAGAAAACUGCUGCACUUUCCUCCGAGAGGGGAGUUUGAAUGAAGGUGCUGGGGGUCCACGCACCUAUGGUGGUCUGGCGGUUGGUCAUGUUCUUUGGUGGGGGGGGUGGGACUAUCCGAGCAGCACGAAGCUGCCGGCUCCAGGAAAGCGCGUCCACGAAUGGCCAAAUCCGAGGAAAGUGAAGCCUGGGUUGUGAGCUGCAGGGCACACUCGUUCACCCUGGUUUUCUCUCGUGUGGGGGGCAUGCGUUUUAAUUUUGCUUUUGCAUUGAUUGAACUGAGGUACAGCUGUGAAGUUCAAACCUUUUCCACCCAUGGAAUCCUCCUUUCAAGUGGAUUCAGGUGGAUUCUCAGGGGCCAGUCUAGUCCAUACAUGAAAAGCAGAGCUUUGGCUGACACAGGGCAAGGCCUGGGAGCCCUCUCGCUUUGCCGGGCAGCUCCCCAGCUUCCGCCCGUGCCUCCUGAGGCAUCUGUGUGGGUACCCAAGGCCCCGCAGGGCCCUGUUUUAAAAAAAGCCCCCAAAAGCCCCGAGGAGGAGUGCAGAAGCGGCCUGGCUGCGAAUGAGCUCUGCUGAUGUUAUAGCAGGAAGUGGUCCAGCACGUUCCUGCUCCGAGAGCCUUUGUGCGUAUCUGCCUCGCAAUGUGAGUCUCAGCAUGGGCAUCCUUUGUGGUUGGUUAUAAUGGGUUUCUUCAAAAGCAAAAGGGUUUCUGGAAAGCACCCCGAGAAGAAACCAGGAGAGGCAGGUGGCGAGAGGACAGAGGCAUCCACCCGCCCUUCCAUCUUCCUUCUGCCCUGGGCUCCCUCCGCUCCCUGCUUCCUGCCAAGAGGCAGGCCGUGCGUCCCUGUGUAUUACUUCCUCCUCGCAUUGUCCUCCCCACUCAGAAAAGCAUGUAUGUGGUGAGACUUAUAAAACCACAGCCUCUUAGGUCAGGAGGGGCGGCAUCUCCUCUGCUCAACCCCGAGAGGCAGAGCUGGUUGACUAAGAUCACACAGGCAAUCAUGAGCAGACUUACAAGUGUACCCAGGCCACUCAGUGCCCAUCCAGAGCUGUCUCUUCUUUUAGGGAACUUCCAUUGAGCUUAUGAAUGUGUGAAAAACAAAUAAUAAAAUGAAUAGAUAAGAAUGUCCUCAUUUAAACAAAACCAAAAGUUUUAGGUCAACCGCCAACCUUUGUUUUUUCUCAUAUUUUUCCCAUGGGGAAGUUUUUUACUUUCAGGCUCAUUGCCCAUUUUUUCUAGAACACCCUUGACAGCGCUAACAACUUGUCAGCUGACACACCAGCAUUGUUCUUACUUUGGGAAUCACGCUUCUCUCUCAGCAAGCCAAGGGCUUGCUUAUUUCAAGCAGUGGGUCUCAAGUUUACAGAAUUCCACCAUGGCCGAGAGAAUUUACGUAGCACAUUUGAGUCGAUGACAGCCAAAGCCUGGCCUCUAACCCACUCUGGUUAUAGGCUGCCUUCUCUCCACGACUGAAUCUAAGCCUGCCAAGCUGAAAGCUGUUGGGAGUUUGGAGCGAUUCCAUCUCGAAGGCCGAGUGUCCCAUGGAAAAUGAGCUAAUUAACGAGCUCCCUGGCAUCCUUGAAACCUCAAAGGUACAGAUAAUAAAGAUUAUGUGUGUGAUAUUUUAUAACCCUGGACACCAUGCAGUCCUCACCUAAAUUAGAUGCUUGAAAAGCCAGGGAAGAGCUGACCCAAACGGUAAUCAUUUCGUUUUACGGGUCUAGAGCUUGUGCAGAAAAGUCUCCGCAGGUUUCUUCUCUCACCCAUUACAAAGUGUAAUAUUGUUUAAAACUAUCUACUGGCAAGAUGCCUGAAAGUCAUUUGGUUCAGGUUGGCAGCAAACUGAUUUUUUUUUAAAGAAAAAAAAAAUCUCACUUGAUUAUAGGCUUGUGUGAAAAAAGUCAGAUGUAGAAGGUGGGUAAGAAGCCUGCAGGACAAACCACCCCAUGGCUUGUGUUUAAGAAUUUAUUUUUAAUUCUUAUCCAAGUAAUACAUGUUCAUAGUUUAAAAAGAAACAAAUACUCUAAGACUUUCAAUGAAAACUAGCAAUCCCCUGUGUCUUGCUCCCGAGAAGUAACACUUUCAACUCUUUUAGCUGUUUCCUCUAACAUUUACCUUUGCAUUUCUAUAUGCUUAUACUUCUUUUAUUUUUAAAAUUAAUCUAGAAACGUCUACUGGCUUGCUACCGUGGUAGGGAAGGAUCUUGCUCUUAUCCAUACCCUGCUUUGUUUUUUUCCAGUGUAGUUAGAUUAUGUUACUUGGUGCAUCUCUCUUCAUUGUGGGCCUAUGAGGACUGUUUACUUCUGAGCCAAGUAGUGGACUAUAGUUACACGUCCUUUCUCACCAAAUUUUUUCUCCUUGAUGAUGAUGGUGAUGAUUAUGGUGUGGCACAUUCCUUAGUAACCUUCUCAGAAAAGAGCAAGAGAAGUAAAUAUUAUUGUAAAUAUUUUGAGAUUUUGCAUAACUUUAGAUGUCCUUAUUCUGCCCUUACCCAGGUAUAGCUGGAUAUAGAAUUGUGGUGGAAAAUAAUACCCUCCCACCACCCCACAGUGUGGUUGUUGAGAUCCCUGAUGCCUUUCUGAUUCCUUAGCUGUGACUUGGGUUUCUCCACCCUCCCAGGAAACAUUUAACAACCAUUCAUUCUUAGUGUUCUGAACGGUCCUGAUGGUGUUGUACCCUUGAUGGUGUACCUCGUGCUGGUCUCUCAUGAGAAAUGUCUUAAAUUUUCCUGUAAUUGUUCACAUUCUUACUUUCUGGACCACUUGCUGUUGUUCCAAUGUUGGACUUCCCAGGCUAGGCCUCUAAUAUUUUUUUAUCUUUUCUAUUUGUCAUCUCUUAAUUUUUUUAGAUCUGCUUCCAAAGGUAGUUAUUUAGCUUUAUCUUAUCAAUAUACCUGAUGAAUGUUUUAUUAAUUUUUAACUUCCGAAACAUUUUAUGGUUCUUUUGUUUCGGUUUUAUAGCGUCCUGUUCUUAUUUCAUGGGUUCAGAACUUACUUCUCUGUGGAUGUUCAUGGUAGUGGGGUUUGGGGGAAGUUCUUUUCUGCUCUCUGUUUUGCCUUUUAUCUCCUCUAAGUUCCCUUUCUCUUGGUUAGUAUCAGUCUCUGUUUUUCACAUGACAAGUUUUCUUCAGAUAUCUAGUGAUCCCAUGGAUCUGUUCGUGUGUAAGAAUGAUAUAUCACAAAAUGGAAAGGAAGCUCUGUGUGUCAAGUGGUGGGUUUUUCUGUAGAGUCACCGGGUGGGCAUCCGGACUCUUCAUGGGAGGACCACACAUCUCAAUAUUUACAGGUCUUUUCUCACUGCAUUUCUUUAGAGAUAUUUCCACUUUAGAGAUAUUUCCAUUCCUGCCUGAGAUAAAGGGACAUACACAAAGCUGCUACUAGCCUAUGCAGGGCCCUCAUGCAGUUUCAAAAAAGACAUUCCCUCUAAGUGGAUGACUUAGAAAUAGGUGCCCCUCUGGGGCUGAAGCCACCCAUGGGCACUUGGGCAAACUGGC